GGGACGGACUCGGGAGAGCCUCUCCGUCAGGGAGGCAGCUUAGUAAGUCCCAUUGGUCCCCCUUUGAGGUGGUCCCAGGUCGUGGAUUCUGUUUGUGCUUAUCUUUUUCCAAUGGCAGAACAGAUUCUGUCACCAUCUGACUCGGAGGCAAUGGUACUGCAACCUGGGGAGCCUCAGAAUCAGGAUGACUUGUCAACUGCCAGCCAAUUUUCCCUAGUGUACUGGCCACACCAAUGUGAAGUCAUCAGAGACAGAAUCGAGCACAUUGAUUGGAUACCCACUAACCCUGAGCCAUUGUACACUGCAACAGGUUUGGAGAUGAUGCCAUCACACCAAACUCCUGACAAAGGCACUGUGAUUUUUCUAGGAGAAGCUGACAAAAAAUCCUGCUUUAUGUAUUCUCAAGUGAAAGAUCUCCGCCCCCUGAAACAGAUCCUCCCUCAGGAAGGGGAUAACACACUAAUCUUCGAAGCACGGUUUGAGAGUGGGAAUUUGCAGAAGGUGGUCAAAGUCAAUGAAUUUGAGUACCAGCUGACCCUGCGCACUGACCUCUACACAAGCAGACACACUCAGUGGUACUACUUCCAAGUAAGCAAUACGCAGGCAGGGGUGCCAUAUCGCUUCACUAUUGUCAACUUUACCAAGCGGAACAGCCUAUAUAAGUGUGGCUUGCGGCCGCUGUUGUAUUCAGAAGCUGAUGCUAAGGAACACAAGGUUGGCUGGCGAAGGACUGGAAAUGAUAUCAAGUAUUAUAAAACCAAUGUGGGCCAAGAUGGACGUCAGUAUUUCUCACUCACUUGGACAUUCCAAUUCCCUUAUGACCAAGACACCUGCUACUUUGCCCACUGCUAUCCUUACACCUACUCCAACCUGCAAGAGUACCUGAUGGCCAUCUCUAAAGAUCCAGUGAAAUCCAAAUUCUGCAAGAUUCAUAUCUUGUGCCGUUCACUGGCAGGAAACACAGUGUAUGCUUUAACUAUCACCAACCUAUCUACAGGUGACAAGGACACCAAAAGGAAGGCUGUGAUACUAACUGCGAGGGUGCAUCCAGGAGAAACUAACAGUUCCUGGAUAAUGAAGGGCUUUCUGGAUUACAUUCUUGGCGAUUCAGGCAAAGCUCAACUCCUGCGGGACAAUUUUGUCUUCAAAGUAGUACCCAUGUUGAAUCCAGAUGGUGUGAUUGUGGGAAAUCACCGCUGCUCUUUAACAGGUCAGGACUUGAACCGCAAAUACAGAUCUCAUGGGAAAAAAAUUUAUCCUUCCAUCUGGUAUACCAGAGAAAUGAUCAAAAGAGUGAUGGGGGAACGUGAUGUUUUUAUGUAUUGUGACAUCCAUGGUCACAACAGGAAACAAAAUGUCUUCAUGUAUGGUUGUGAGAGAAGGCCCCAGGUGAAAGCACCAUAUGUGCAUCCACGUGUCUUCCCACUCCUGCUGAGCAAGAGCUGCCCAGAUAAGUUCUCAUUUCCAGACUGCAGUUUCAGAGUACGAAGGAGCAAAGAAGGCACAGGCCGAGUGGUGAUGUGGAAGAUGGGCAUCAACAACAGCUACACUUUGGAAGCCUCUAUCUGUGGCUCUAAGUUGGGCUGCAGACAAAGCACUCAUUUUGAUGUGAAAGACUUGGAGUCAAUAGGACAGCAUUUCUGUGAUGCCCUCUUGAACUAUUGUGUUCAUAAUAAGGAGGAACAUGAAAGUGUAAUGAAACAGCAAGCCAGCGUGAGCUCCAAGGUCCUGAAUUCUGGUGCGCUAGACUUGGAUUCCAGCAGCCAAACUUCUGACAGCCCAAACUCCUGUGAUCUUUAUGCACACAAGCUAAAACUAGGUACUAAGAAAAAAAAUAAAGCAUCAGGAGAACAUUUUCACAGCACUGCUAAGGACAGAAGUCAUGAAAGCAAAAAUACUCAAGGCAUUGAAACUCAACAUAAGGUAUUUGACACAGUGAAAAAAGGUAAACAUUUAGAAUUGCCAGUUGCAGCCUCUGCCACACAAGUAGGAGAGGAUCUCAGCUCCAAGAGUCACACCCAUAAUGCUAAAGGAAAGCAUGAAAAAACAUCUGUGCCUCAGGAGGCAGGAAAAAGUGUGUGCCAUGAUAUGAUCCUGUCCACAAGAGAAAAUUUCCAUUCAUCCAGCUUUAAUCUGUUCUCCCAGAAGAUGAAGAAACAGAAGGGCAAAAGCGUCUCCAAGCCUGCAGAGAAGACAUUUCAAUCUUUAACAGGUCAUGAUCGUGCAAAGAGCGAUUCAAAAAAGGGAGAAAGGAAAAUGAAGGAGAGGCUCCCCUCAAAAAACAGAAGGCUCCAGAAAACCAAGACAGCAAGACAGGAUGUAUAUUUUGGGAAGAGUAAAUUCUGCCAGGGACAAGACAAGCUGCAAUUCCCUCUGCCAUUACUGCCUGAAGAAAAGAACAGACAACACGCUGCAAAAUACCAGCGUAUAUUCGUGAGCUCCAGUUCUUUCACCAAUGAAGGAACAUGAAAGUGUCAUGUAUCUGAUGCGCUUAAACAAUUCCCAAGACUUUGGUUGUGGAUUAUGAUUCUACCAGCAAGGGGGUAGAUACCUGCAGAAAUCAAAAUUAUUCUUGCUCUUUAAAAAAAAGUAAAUAA